UCUCAUCGCAAAAUUGCGAACUCCAUUUGAACUUUCUCUCUCAAGAAGCGAAUGAAAAAUCUGAAUGUGUUUCUUUCUCUUUCUCUCUCUCGAAUUUGAAAGAAAAAGAAAAUGCAUACUUAAAUAUUAAUUAAUUAUUAAACCCAAACCGUUAAAGAAACUGCCCCAAGAAACUUUUUCUGGAAUUUCGAUCCUUUGUGCUUCGCUUUGUUCUUCCUCUUUCUCUCUCUCUCAGAUGGUAAAGGGAGGGAAGGUUAGUAGCAAAGGUGGUUUAAGGAAAAGGGUUAGGUCAAAGGGGGGUGGUUCGGAUGAUUCCGAUGAGGAUUAUGUGGUUUCGGAUGAUGCGGGGAAUGUGUCUGAUUGUGCUGAGGAUGAUUGUUUUUCUUUAGAUGGAUGUGCGGCUGAGAGUUUUGAUGGUUUUAUAGAAGAUGAGGAUGUGGAGGAGGAGGGGUUUCGACGGGUGACGAAAUUUAAGGGAUCGAGGGGUAAAACGGGUGUGAGGCGUCAGGGGAAGAAUGUGAGUAAAACCGCGCGGAAGAGACGGAGAAUUGAAUAUGCAGAAGAACUAGAUGAGGAGGAAGAAGAAGAAGAAGAUGAAGAAGAAGAGGUAGAAGAAGAAGAUGAUGAUGAUUAUGAUGGAGAAGAAGAGGAGGAUGAAGAAGAAGAAAAAGAAGUUGAAGAGGUAGAAUACGAAGAAGAGGAAGAAGAAGAAAAAGAAGUGGAAGAGGUAGAAUAUGAAGAAGAAGAAGAAGAAAAAGAAGUGGAAGAGGUAGAAUACGAAGAAGAAGAAGAAGAAAAAGAAGUAGAAGAGGUAGAUGGAAAUGAUGAGGAUGAGGAUUUCAAUUAUGAUGAUGACGAAUUUAUACCGGAGGAAGAAGAUUACACGGAUGAGGAGGAAGAAGAAAGAAGGGGCGGGAAGAAGAAAAAAAAGGAUUUUAGUUAUGAAGAUGAAGAAUUUAUACCGACAGAAGAAGAAAGAAGCGGCAGGAAGAAGAAAAAGGAGGAUUUCAAUGAUGAAGAUGAGGAACUUAUACCGUUGGAAGAAGAAAGAAGGGGAAGGAAGAAGCAAAAGGAGGAUUUAAAUUAUGAAGAUGAGGAAUUUAUCCCGACGGAAGAAGAUUACACCGAUGAGGAGGAAGAAGAAACGAGGGGUAUAACGAAGAAAAACAAUGGUAUUAAAAUGGGCAAGAAGAGGACUUUGAAGAAAAGGGUAUCUGCAACUUCUAGCAGAGGUCGAAAAAGGAGUGGCUCUAGAGUUUCCAAGAAGCCCAAAAGAAAGAGAAGAGGAAAGAGUGGAGGAUCGAGGAGGAAAGUAAAGUGUGAUGAUGAUGCAGACGAUUUUUUUGAUAAUGGCCCCGCCAUCAGAACAAAUAGCAGAAAGAAAUCAGGCCAGAAAAGGAGAAGGGUUCUCGUUGAAGACGCCAAUUCUGGUUCAGAUUGUGAGACUAGACUAUCUGAUUAUGAGUUUACUAUCUCCGAAGAAGAAAAAGAACAGGUGAGAGAAGCCAUGGAGUUGUGCGGAAAUAUAAGAAGGAACUUGAGGAGAGCUUCUCUUCGAAUGAAAAAUGAAGAGGUUGAAAUACAUGAAGAUCUGCAUCAGCAACGGAAGCCUCCAGCACAGAAGGGUAAGGAAAAGAUAGAGGAAUCUCAAGGAAGAAAGGGUAAGGAAAAAGUUGAGGAGUUAAAAAUUGAGGUGACAAAGCAGGUCUGUGGAAUUUGUCUGUCCGAGGAAAAUAAAAGAAGAGUAAGGGGAAUACUAAACAGCUGCACUCACUACUUUUGCUUUGCUUGCAUUAUGGAGUGGUCAAAGGUUGAAUCUCGCUGCCCUCUGUGUAAGCAGAGAUUCAAAACAAUCAGUAAGCCCACACGAUCAACAACAGCUCAAGAAGCAGUGAUACAAGUGCCCGAACGUGAUCAGGUUUAUCAGCCAACUGAAGAAGAACUCAGGAGUUACAUUGAUCCAUACGAGUCCGUUAUUUGUUCAGAGUGCAAUCUCGGUGGAGAUGACGGCCUCAUGCUACUCUGUGAUAUAUGUGAUUCUCCCGCACACACUUAUUGUGUUGGUUUGGGGCGAGAAGUACCGGAAGGUAAUUGGUACUGUGAUGGUUGUAGACCAGUUGCUUUGGCAUCUUUAAACUCCCAAGCUCAAGAACGCAGUGCUGAUAUAAGAGUUACUACCCAAAGCCAGCCUUCUAGACCAUCGCCUGUCCAUAUACGAGAAACUAUAGACCUGAACCUGAUGUCAUCACCCUAUACAUCUUUUGGUCAAGGGUUUGGGCAUCUUUCAUCCUCUAGAUUUUCGGGCAGAAGUGCCGAAGGCGCUUCUCCGAUGUCUGGUGGCGGGGCGCCAACUGUAUCAGAGAGACGACGGAUACACCGUCAAAUUCAGCAGCUACGAUCAAUGGAUAGAAUGACUUAUACAACCGGCAGAGUUAACGGUGUUUCAGCUACCAGUACAAUAAGUAACUUGCAUAGCUCUGAAAUUGAUCAAAAUAGGGAACCUACUUCUCCAUAUACAAGGACACAGGAUGUAGGAACAUCCUAUCACACAUUUUUUGAGGAGAGAUUAGGCAACAACAUCUCUCCAUUAAUGCAGAAUGGAGAUCACUUCUCCACAACAAUAAGCAAUUCAAUAAGGUCAGUGGUUCAGGAUUCAACCAUGUUUUCCAACGUGGCUAUGAAUGCGGUUAUAUGGCCUGGAUUUUCAGGGACACGCACCUUAUCAGAUAUUGAACCAAUCCACCCGUUCAGCAGCAGAUCAAACAUUGUCACCGAGUGUAGUAUUCCUCCGACUAUCAUAGAAGAAGAUAACUUGCACAUUGUAAAGGAGCAGGUGCAGUCAAUGGUUAAAAGCCAACUCAAGAGAUUGUCUGAAGAUGCCGAUUUGGAUUAUAGUACAUUCAAAGACAUUGCAAAGAGUUCUACACAUACGAUACUCGCUGCUUGUGGACUCGAGCACAAGACGAGCGAGGUUUGUAUGGCGCCUCCACCAUCGGUCUGUCCCCACAUUGAAUUAAUUGCUGGCGGACAAACGAGUAUGAUGAAAGGUUGCUGCUCCUCUUGUUUUGAUUCUUUUGUAGGAGAUGUGGUUAAAAGGAUUUUGGACACUAGAAUGUCUUCACAGUGGUUAAGAUUAGGAAUUUAGACAAAAUAUUCUUAAAUGUGUCGAAAGAGGCACACCUUUUUUUUUCUCUUAGGAAUUAAGUUAGGAGAAGAAUUUAUUAUUUACUUGUUCAUGCAUACAUUGACAUGAUUUACUAACAUUUCAAAGAAAGACGCAUUAUGUGUUCA